AUGAAGAAGAAAAAGGUCCAAAGAGAUGUCAUAGCUAGUUAUGGAAAUGAAUUAUGUUUGAGUAUUUUCGAAGAAAGUUGUAUGUCGAUCCGCAUAAUAACAACAUUACAUUUUUUUAUUCCAAUGUUAAAGUGUCUGCCAAGAUUACAAACUCAAACCGCACAAAAAAAAUUAACUAAAAUUGCAGAAAUAAAAAAUCAAGUGGAUGAUCGAGAAGAAAAGCAAUUCUACGCAAUAAAACAUUCUUACGUUCCGGUAGAAAAUGAAUGA